UAGACAUAGACAGAUCGACAGGGUUGCUUUUUCUUUCUUUCUUUCUGGAUCUUCUCUCUCUCUCUCUUCACCCCCCCUCCUUUAUUGUUCUGCAUUAGACAACAAAGAAAAGGAGCCUUGCCUUAGAGGGGCGGGGCCAAGCAGCCCAGCCGGCCCGCCCCCCUCCGCCGGGCCCGGCCAAUCGGCUCCUCCAGCGGCGCUGUCGGCGGCUCCCCUCGGCUCGCUCGCUUUUCCCGGCCGCUUACGCUGCGGCGCUCUGAUUUCUCCUCCCCUCCCCCGCUCCCCUUUCCCCAGCGCUGUCUGGCUGCAGCAGAGGCUCAGACAGAAAAGAGGAGGAGGAGAAAGCGAGCGAGAGAGAGAGAGAGAAAGAAAGGGGGAGAGGAGGAGAGGGAGAGAGAGAGAGAGAAAUCGCUGAGUGAGUGGAAGCUGGGAGGGGCUCCUUAAAGAAACGCCUGCCAUCGCGGCCAGCAAAGGAACUCAAGGGGGGGAGCCAAAAGCACCGGAGCGCUUCUCUCUAUUCUCUGCACGCCCCCCCCCCGCGCCCCCCCCCCAAGGAGGAGGAGGAAGAAGAAGAAGAAAAAGGGAAAAGCUUGGGGGGAGUCGUGGUGGGGUAUUUUUCCUCAUUUUCUUGGAAAGCAUCUUAUAAACCGGAUUGCACUGGGGGGGCUUCUUCUCUUUUUUUUUUAAAGCGGCGCGCAAGGAAAUUACAAUCUGAGCAUUUUUGCCCGUUUUGUUUUGUUCUGAGCCAGCAUCCAGGAUCUGCUUGCCGGGCUUCUCCAACCGCUUCCUCGUCUGCCGUUUGCUGGCCAUCUGCCUUGGCUGUUUCCUUUGUGUCUGCUUUCCACCUCCCCCCUUCUCCUGGUGUGUGUGCGUUGGUGCUGCUUCCCUUCCCUGCUUCCCUCCCUCCCCACCCCCGCCCCCCACUCCUGAUCCGAGAGCGCAGGAGGGAAAGGAAGCGGAGGGCGCGAUCCCCCCACAUCCACCCGGGACUAUGCCCAGCUCCUUGUUUGCCGACAUGGAGAGGAAUGGGAGCGGAGGAGGCGGCGGUGGAGGAGGAGGAGGCGGGGAGACCCUGGAUGACCAAAGAGCCCUUCAGAUCGCUUUGGAUCAGCUCUCCCUGCUGGGCUUGGACAACGACGAGACGGGCUCCCUUUACGACAACGAGCCGCGCAAGAAGAGCGUGAACAUGACCGAAUGCGUCCCGGUGCCCAGCUCGGAGCAUGUCGCCGAGAUCGUGGGCAGGCAAGGUGGGGGCUUGGCUCGAUCGUCUUUGUGUGUGUGUGGUGUAAGAGAGAGAUGUGUGGUGGGAAUCGAGGGGAGGUUUUUUGCUGCUUCUCUCUAGCUGCUGUCUCCUCCCUGGGUUUCUGUGGGUGCCUUUUGCCUCCGAGAUGCCAACACGGCUCGCCCCCUCGAGUCCAAAUUGCAGGCUUGUGAUGAUGGCUAACCUGGCCGCCUCUUCUCGACACCCUUCUCUCCCUCCCUCCCUCCCCCGCCGCCACUUCCACUCUAGACAAAGAAAGUGAAGCAGAGCAGAGGUGGAGGACGCCUUUCGCAUCCAGAUGUUUGCGCCUCAUCUCGCAGCACAACCCCUCCCCCUUUUAUGCCCUAAAAAAACCCCUUUUGAUUUGAUUCUGUGUGCGCAAAAAUGCAAGCGGAUGCUGGUCAGUGCGCGCGCCUUUUAUUUGUCAAUAGUUAGGAAUCGAUGGGUGUUUCCUUACAGGCAACGGCAAGGAGGUGAACAAUGGGGGGGGGGGUUAGGUUCAAAGCAUCUGCAUUACGAAGCGGGUGUCUUCAAGAGGGCUGCUGCUGCUGCUGGUGGUGGUACCUUUUUGUAUUUCUCGGUGUGUCUGUGUAUGUCAUCCCCGUCGGGCUUGUUUCCACCCUCCCCCCCAGCCCCCUUCCCCAGGUUCCCUUCCCCUCCCCUGGAAUGUGCGGAGCACGAGUGUGGAUUUAUUAAUUUUAUUGUAUAUAUAUAUAUAAAAGGGGGCGUUGCAUAUUUGGGUUGCCCGCUUGCGAUGGAUGAAAUGUGGCCGCUCACUUGGCGUCUCAUAGCGUGGUUGCGUUGGGUGUGGGGAGGUGUUUUGGUAUUGUUGUCUCUCUGCCGCCCCACCCCCCUGCAACUUAUUACAGUAUCUCCGAGAUCCUGGGCAAAUAACGUUUUGGGCCUUUUUUUUGUUUGUUUGUUUUGGCCAAUGGGAAUAUUGGUUGGUUCGAGGUGCGGAGAUGGGUGUGUUCCUGUGUCAAAAAGCUGGCAUGGUUGUGAUGACUUGCAAAUGGAACUCGACGUGGAUGAAAUGUUGGACCAAGAGGCAGGUUGGCUUGGUGGCCCGCUCCCCUCGUUCAGUUGCUGCACCCCGAAAAGCUGGAGUAGAUGUAACCGUGUUUCCUUCCUCUUUUUCCUCCCUCCCCUCCCCUUCCCUCCCCCUCCCCCUCCCCCCCGCCUUAUCUCAGGUUGUAAAAUCAAAGCGUUGCGGGCCAAAACCAACACCUACAUCAAGACCCCGGUCCGCGGGGAGGAGCCGCUCUUCGUUGUCACGGGCAGGAAGGAAGAUGUGGCCAUGGCCCGGAGGGAGAUCAUUUCGGCGGCGGAACACUUCUCCAUGAUCCGCGCCUCCCGGAACAAAAACACCGUGCUCAACGGCACGGUGCCCAGCCCGCCCAACCUGCCGGGCCAAACCACCAUCCAAGUGCGGGUCCCUUACCGGGUGGUGGGCCUGGUGGUGGGGCCCAAGGGGGCCACCAUCAAGCGCAUCCAGCAGCAAACGCACACCUACAUCGUGACGCCCAGCCGCGACAAAGAGCCCGUCUUCGAGGUGACCGGCAUGCCGGAGAACGUGGACCGCGCGCGGGAGGAGAUCGAGGCGCACAUCGCCAUGCGCACGGGCGGCAUCAUCGAGCUCACCGACGACAACGACUUCCACGCCAACGGCACCGACGUGGGCUUCGAGCUGGCCGCCGGCGGCGCCGGGAGCCUCUGGAGCAAGCCCACGCCGCCCCCUCCGCCGCCGCCCCCUCCUCCUCCGCCGCCCCCUCCGCCGCCCUCCUCUUCCAGCAUCACCCCGACGCCGGGCCGCAAGCCCUUCUGCAGCUACCGCAACGACAGCUCCAGCUCGCUGGGCAGCGCUUCCACCGACUCGUACUUCGGCAAUGGCGUCGGAGGAAGCGGCGGCAGCAGCAGCGCCCGCUUGGCCGACUACAGCCCGCCCAGCCCGUCGCUCAGCUUCCCGCACCACAACGGCAACAACAACAACAACGGCUACGGCGUCUAUGGCGGCGGCGAGGUGCUCUCGUCGCCCGACUGCUGCGCCUCCGAGCUGCCGCCCUUCGAUUCCCCGCCCGGCUUCGACUUGGCGCCGGCGCCUCCGCCCGGCGCGCCGCUACUCUGGUCGCAGUUCGAGCGCGGGCCCUCGUCGCCCGGAGCCGUCGCGUUUCCCGCCGGUGGCGGCGGCGGCGGCGCGCCUCCGUCGAACGCCAACCUGGCCUUGCUGGUGAGCAGCGGAGGGCAGAGGCGGGGCGCCGGGCCGCCUCCGCCCCCGCCUCCUCCUCCCCCACGCGCCUUUCCCCGCCUCUGCACGUCGGGGCGGGAGGCGUGGCGCUGGAGCAGCACCCGCUGGCGCGGCGGGUGCGCAGCGACCCGGGCGGCCGCCUCAUCGCCGCCGCCGUGGCCGCCGCUGCUGCUGCCGCCGCGGCCGCUGCAGCCGCUUCCUCGCCGUCCGCCCCGUCGUCGUCGUCGCCCUGCUCCUACCCUCUGUACGCCAACGGGCUGGGCUGCCACUUGCCGGGCCUGCCGUCGGAUUCGUCGGCGUCGUCGUCCUCCUCCUCCAGCUCCUCUUCCAGCUCGUCGUGCUCGUCGUCGGGGCUGCGGAGGAAAGGCAGCCGCGACUGCUCCGUGUGCUUCGAGAGCGAGGUGAUCGCGGCGCUGGUGCCCUGCGGCCACAACCUCUUCUGCAUGGAGUGUGCCAACCGCAUCUGCGAGAAGACGGAGCCCCAGUGCCCCGUGUGCCACAGCGCCGUCACUCAGGCCAUCCGGAUCUUUUCCUAAGGGUCCCCAAACCGCGACCCCUCCCUCCCUCCCUCCCUCCUUCCCUCCCUCUCAUGGGUGCCAACUUGAAUUUAAAAAUGGGUGUAGACGUGUGCCAGGCCAGCUGCACCCUGCAUAAUGGAUCGCAAGGCAUGGGGUGCCAACUUGAAUGAAAUAUUGGGGGCCCCGGCAAGCCCCGCCCCACGUCAUCGAUCACAUGAUGCGGUGCAUGCACCCCAUUUGAAGGGCAAUGCCCACCAAUUUUAGGGGGCCCGCCCCCAUCAAUUAUUUUAUGGGGGGCAAAGACCCCUCAGUUGGCUCCUGUGAUGCACCCCAUAAACUUUUGGGGGGCCCAGCUCCCUCAAAUACUUUAUUGGGGGGGCAAAGGGACCUCGACCUCUCAGAGUUGGCUCCUAUGCUCCCUCUUUCUCUCUCUCCCCCCCCCACACAGACAAGCAACCUCCUCUUCUUCAAAAGGUCUUCUACUUGCCUAUAUACAUGCAUAUAAAUAUAUAUAAUAUCUGUGUCGAGCUUUUAAAGCUGCAGUAUCCGCACAUCCCAAAAAUAAUAUAAAUAAUAACAGACGGGGGGACGGGGUGGGGUGGGGGAACCUGACGUUUUGCAGGAUGGUGACCAUCUUGCUUUUUGAAAAAAUAACUUCUGUUUUUGUUUCCUUGCAUUCUUGAGUGUGCCGUAGCUUAGGAAUGGGUUUAAGGGGGAUGUUUGUGACACCUGGUGCAUGCUAUAAAUAUUAAGGAACGACAUUCUAGUAAUAGACUAGUUUUUACACUUUCUCUUAAGGCCAAGCUUCCAAAUCAAAUGAUCUCUCUCUCUCUCUCUCUCUCUCUCUCUCUCUCGGACUCUCUUUUCUCUCUUCUCUUUUUCUCCCUCCCCCCCCCCAAAUUAAAAUAGGAAAUGCAUAUGGAUUAUGAUGGCGUGUGAACAGUUAGUAUAAUGUGCUGGUAGUUGGUAGAUUGCUUAUUGAGAAAUAACUAUGGAUGGAUAACUUUUCUUGAAUGUUCUCGAAAGGGCAAGAUUUUUUCCUGUGAAUUUUUAAUAAUAAUAAUGAUAAUAAUAAUAAUAAACUUAUGAUACUGCAGCUUUAUCAAAGAAAAAAAGAAGAAAAAAAGGAAACUGUAACAUAUCUCUUAUAUAUAUUAAAACGUUUAAAGGUUUUAAAGAUAAAUUGCAUUAAUACAGAUUGAAGUAUUUUAUUCUUUUUUGACUUGAAAAAUUAUAUUUCAUAUUGCAAAGAUGUUUACAAGUAUUUUAAUUUAAGUUCAGUGAACUUUUUUGUAGCUGGGUUAAAUCUUUUUUAUUUUUUGGUAUGGCCUUAUGGCGAAGAACACUGUAUUAUUUUACUAUCACACAAUUGUGAAUGGAAUUGCAAAACCAUAAAAUGUGUAAUACUUUGAACAGUAUUCUGUUGGGAUGGAGAUUUUUUAUAGGUUCAGAAAAAAAGAAAUCUUUUAAAUCUGCUUCACCCAGCAUAUUUUCUAUUCAGUGAUAUAAAGCAUAUUUUAUUCUAUAUUAUUACAAAAAAUGGAAGCGUUUAAGCAUAAGUCAAAAGGAACUGUUGAUGCUUUCUAACAUUUGUAUAAAUAGAAUUCAGUGGAAAUUACAAAAAAAUUCUGUUGCACCACUAUAGUUUAGUAUUUCUAUUUUAAUACAUUUGUUUACCACUUGUUUAUGUAUAUGUAGGUGAUGUUACUUGAUCUUAAAUGUACUUUACUGAGCAAAGUUUAAAAACAAAGUAUAUUUUAUUUUAUGAUAAAGGGCCUUUAACCUCAUGGUCAGAUACUAAUAUUAUAUUUGCUGAGACAAGAUUUGAAAUUGUAUCAAGAGUUUUAUUUUUCUGACAUUUAAAGUUCUACAUAAUAAAGGUAAAACUUAAGUAAUGGUGCUACUUCAUGUUUUUUUAAGUAUUUCUAUAUAAAUAAAAUAUUACAG